AUGUCAUUUGAGAUGAAAUUUCAGCUCGAUUCACUGUCACUGCGAAUCGCCGAAUCCGCCCCAUUCAAAACGCACAAAUAUUUUCGUGUUGCUGUCCCGCAAGCUCUUACUGGUCAAACUCUUGUUGCAUUCUUACAGGAGUUGAUGGCUUUCGAUGAUCUCGCAGAUGCAUUGCAUUUGGCUACGUUACUGCUGCAGCACGGUUAUAUUUUUCCCGUAAUUGAGCACUCACUGCUUGUCAAGGAUGACAACACAUUGUACAGAUUACAACUGCCCUAUUUUUGGCCAUCACAUGCCACGCAUACUGAUAAUGUCGAAUAUGGUAAGUAA